AAGAUGGAAUGAAGUGAAUGAAUUCCACUCAAUUUGUUGUAGUCAGUUAUAGCGGUUGUGACCAGCAGUACACCAAAUAGAUACAAUAACUACAUGAAAGUUCUUGUUGAUGAUAAGAAAAAGUGAAUUAAUAUCUGUGAAAAAAGUCGAUAAUCGUUAUUGGACCGAAAAAAUAUCAAAACAGAAAUGUGUAGCAAAACAACGUAUUUUCAGGACGUAUCACUCAUCCUAGAGAAGGGACUCAAACAGUACAACAAGACUGAAAAUGAUCUGAAACAAGAUAUCCAGAUCAUAAAGAAAUGGGUGGAGAGUCAGCCGCAUUUACCUGAAGUACCAGACGAUAACAUGUUGACUUGUUUCUUGAUGAUUAACCAAUUCAGCAUAGAGAAUACCAAAGAAAGGAUAGACAUGUACUACAGUAUGAGAUCUUUGUUUCCUGACUUUUUCGACAAUAAACAUCCACUGUCCCCACAUAUGUUGAAACUAAUGGAUACGGUAUAUUUUCUAUCACUACCAAAGGCAACAGAAGAGGGAUACCGAGUAAAUGUUUUCAAAAUUCCCCAGGAAAAUAGUUUGUAUGACUUGAUAGAUUUUUGGGCACACACUUAUAAUAUUGCUGACGUGAGGUUUCGGGAAGACUGUAUGUAUGGAGAUAUCAUAGUCUACGAUUUGAAGAAUACUAAAAUGGCGCAUCUUACUCAGGCUACACCUACUUUGAUCAAGCAAAUUGCGACGCUUUUUCAGAAAGUUUUUAACACCAAUGUCGUACAACAACAUUUUAUCAACUGUCCGUCAUUUGUGGAACCCCUUAUAUCUUUUGCUGUACAACUGGUGAAUUCAAAAAUAGACAAAAGGUUUCAUUUUCACAAAGAUGUGAAAUCUCUUCUGGAAUUCAUCCCAGCCCAUGUAUUACCAAGUGAUUUAGGUGGAACAGAAAAGUCACUACAGGAAUUGAAUGAAAAAUGGAAGAAAAAAUUUGCUGAAUAUAAGGAUGUAUUUGAAAAACUGGCAAAACUGCGAGUAAAUGAAAAAUUGAGGCCAACUCGAUUGGUCAACGAUGAUGUUCUAGGAUUUUAUGGAAAUUUCAAAAAACUGGAAGUGGAUUGAAUUUAUCUAGGUGGAACCACUAAUUGAUGAUUCAUUAUAUAUGUAUUUUUCAAACUAAAAUAUAUUUCGACCUCUUGAGUAUAUCAAAUUUUCUUUUCAAUAUCUAUAGGUUUCACAAAUUCUUAUUUCAUUAUCUACUAUAUUAGUUACUGCCAAAUAUCAAUCCUCAGAA